UUCAGAUUCAGACCUGCCCUUAUCCAUUCCAAUUUUCGACUAAUUGGUGGUGUUUGGCGCAGACUGGAGCUGCAAUUGCGAUGUCAAUGACAACGGCAGUGGUACAUUCUUGUAGCAGCAGUGAUGGAUGGAGCAUGGCAUCGCUCAUGUCUGCUCUACCAUCUCCGACGGUGACUACCAAAAUGCUCUCAAGGACUCAGCCUUCCGUUCGACUUCCACAACAGCGCGGCCAAGGACUCGGUCUCACAAUUUCCCUCCAAUCCGAUUCGCCACUUAUCGCCUCUUACACUGGCCUCGCUCCCCUCAAUCCUCUCCUCUCCAUUGGCUCCUUUGAUAACAAUAGUUUUGAGCAUAACUUCACCAUCAUUGGUAAUGGUGGUCGAAUUUUUGCCAUGAGACAUGGUAGGCGAGUUCCGAAGCUUAAUCGACCUCCUGAUCAACGAAGAGCACUUCUGCGUGGCCUUACCACCCAGCUCCUUAAACAUGGUAGAAUAUUAACCACUAGAGCAAGGGCAAGUGCCCUGAGGAAGUAUGUUGACAAAAUGAUAACAUUGGCUAAGGAUGGGUCACUUCACAAGAGGAGACAGGCCCUAGGUUUCAUCUAUGAAAAGCAGAUUGUCCAUGCAUUAUUUGCAGAGGUCCCAGACAGGUAUGGAGAAAGAAAUGGUGGGUAUACAAGAAUCAUUAGGACACUGCCAAGGCGAGGAGAUAAUGCACCCAUGGCAUAUAUUGAGCUUGUGUAGAUUUUUUUUUGGCAUUCAAAUGUAUGCAUUUGUUUUUCUACAUGAUACUCCUUUUCUUUUGAGAUAGAAGACGUGUUGAAUUUUUUAUGGAUUCAUGUAGCCUACACCAAAUUUUUUUUGA